AUGAAAGUUAUAAAUCAUCGAAAUUCACCUAUAAACAAAAAAAACAUUUUUACUAAAGAUAUUAAAAAAGUUGGCAAGAGAUAUCAUAAAAGCAAAUAUGAAUCCUUCAAUCUAAUUAAUCAAAUUAAUAAAACUCUAUGUGAAAUUUAUACCAAUCAAAUCAAAUCAAAUCAAAGGAAAAAAAAAAAAAAGAGUUUUUAUCAUUAUAAUGGAAAUCAUUUUUAUUCUUCACUUCCGGUGAAUUAA